UUGGGACUAAGAGUCUUCAUAGUCAAGAUUCAACGUUCCACUCAAGCCCUUUCAGUAUACGCUUCACCCAAAAAAAACUACACGCUGCAUAUCCAGGAAUCCCAGUUCAUUCAGAAAACUGUGGUUGGAGUCAAGGAAUAUAUGCACACGUCCAAUAAAACCAACAAUGAAAGUCUUAUAUUCAAGUAUUCUGCUCAUCAUUCUCCUUAUCUCAAGAUGUAAAGGGAUGACUUUAAUUAAAGGACAUGGUGAAUCAUUAACUGAUGAAGACUCUGCAGACCAUUCUGAGGUAUUGUUUCCUACCUCUGGGAACCUGUCUUUGUUGUUGGGGGAUAGUGAAAUUGUAUUACAAUCUGUUUCCAGAGCUACAGGUAUUACUGUUACAACAAAUGAAAUUGUAACAAUCCCCACAACACAGCCAUCUCUUAGUUCAACUGAAAGCCAAAUAUCAUUGCAACCUGCUUCUACGGAUUCAAUGGAUACUCGGUUUGAUGAGGAAAUGUUGUCACUCGCUACUCCAACAGCAUCACCCACCACACAUCUCACUGGCAAAAACCUGCAUGCUCACUUGACAGUUUCAUCUCCUACUCCUAUCAAGAGUGAAAUGCCAAAAUGGCACAGUUCAACAGUCAAAUCUUCUACUCGAGCAGAUGGUGGUAUAUUCUCCAAAUCUACCUCAACCAAUCUAUCCAUGGCCACACAGAGUGAAGUGUUAUCUGCAUCUACCCCAACUGAGCCACCAACAUUCACACAUAGUGAAGUGUUAUCCCAGUCUACCUCAGCGGAAAAUGGUACCUCCACUAACACUCCAAAUAGUCUUGGCGCAGCAGUGGGACCUUUGCCAAAUGUUUCUCUGCCCACAACGAUCCCAUCUGCUUAUUUUGAAUUUGCCAUCACACCUGGCUCUUCGGACAGGAUUUCACAUGAGAAUGCAUCUGAAAGAUAUCUUCUCACUCAAGAUCAGAGAGCAGCUUCUGUGCAGGAAACCACCAGCGUAUCACAGCAAAGCAACGCACUGGAACUUCGAGAGAGUAAGAUAAGAUCAACAGAAGCCACCCCAGAAAAUGUUGUGAAUACACCUCCAUCGGUUUUAAUAACUGCAGCUACCUGGUCUCUAACCACCUCAUGGCAAAAUGAAGAAAGUUUAAGUAAACCUCUAGAAGAACCACCAAUUCAAGAAAUCGUAAAAUCUGCAGGAAUUGAUCUUCUCAAGGAAUUCCAAGUAUCAUCAUCAGGAGAUGUUACAGAGGUGGAAGGAUCACAUCCCCUCAGCUCAGCUUUCCGUGUUACCCCGUCAGUGUAUCUGAGAAAGGAAACAGGAGCUGUGUAUCCAGGUGGAAUUCCUCCUGAAUAUUCAAUCAUUGCUACAUUCAAGAUGUUGGGAGACACUGCACAAAAUGUAUGGAAUUUAUGGGAGGUCAGUGACAUUGAUGGAAGAGAGCAAAUUGGCAUUCGUCUUUCUGGUAUCUCAAGAUCUUUGGACUUUUUCUACAGAACUACACCUAACACCGUCAUGUUUCAAACAUUUGCUGACGUGGAUAUGCUUUUUGAUGGUUCAUGGCACAAGUUAGCACUUAGUGUAAGUGGAAAGGAGAUCAAUUUGCUGAUUGACUGCAAGCAAGUCAACACUGUUCUGAUCAGCAAGCAAGAAACAAUUGAUGGAAAUAGUUACACAUCGAUAGCAAGAUGUCUGCUGAACGACGCAAUGGUUUCUCUUGACCUGCAACAACUGGAACUGCACAGUGAUCCAAGCAGAGUUCAUUUUGAAGGAUGCUGUGAGUUGUCACAUGUGUGUGGCCGGAGAGCAGAGAACAGUUUUACUGAGAAUCUACCGUUUUGCAAAUGUUCUUAUGGACAACUAGAAUACCUGGGUAGCACAGGUACACAGGAAGAGAAAGGGGAAAAGGGCACAGCUGGAGAGUCUGGAAGACCAGGGACUCAGGCUGCAAGAGGUAACACUGGUUCUUAUGGAAGAGUCGGAGUCACUGGACCAAGGGGUAUGGCUGGAAUUAAAGGGAACAAGGGAGUACAAGGAAGACCAGGCCAAAGAGGGUUAGAUGGCCCUAAAGGCUACAAAGGAUUACAAGGAGCCAUGGGAUUUAAGGGGAUUUCAGGAUCACCUGGACCAAGAGGGAAAAUAGAUCUAAAAGGUGAAAAGGGGAACAGAGGUACGUCAGGUCACGAAGGUAUAUGGGGAUUACGGGGAGUGAAGGGUGAUAAAGGACUUCCUGGUAGUGAAGGAAGACCUGGUGUGGAAGGACCAAGGGGUCUCAGAGGUGAUCCAGGGUUUCCUGGUCUGAAAGGUACUAAAGGAGAACUUGGCGUUCCAGGAGUUUAUGGGCCAAAGGGAGAUUCUGGGUAUAAGGGGAUACUUGGAAAUCCAGGGCAACCAGGAAGAGAUGGGGACCCAGGCAUUGAGGCAUAUCAGGGUCAACAGGGACCAAAAGGACAAAAAGGCAUUAUUGGAUCCAAGGGAGAGAAAGGACUUCCAGGACCUCGAGGUCAUGAAGGUCACAUAGGAAAACAUGGACCAAAAGGCCAUAAAGGUAAUGCAGGAAUACCUGGAUGGCAUGGGAUUGUUGGAUAUCCUGGAAACCAAGGUCAUGUAGGAUACCCAGGAGCAAGUGGAUUAAAGGGGGAUAAAGGUGCUGAUGGAAUACUGGGUUCUGAAGGUCUAAAGGGUGGAAAAGGAGGAAAAGGACCAAAAGGAGAACCAGGUGGUGGAGGUGAUUCUGGACUUGUGGGUCUCAAGGGUAAAAGAGGACCUCCUGGAAAACCAGGCUGUAGGGGUUCACUUGGAGAACGUGGUAUUGCUGGUGAAACGGGCUUCCCUGGAUUUUCUGGACCUGCUGGACCUCCAGGUCCUGUUCUACCCGCCAGUCAUGUGAUUGAGGUCUGCAAAAGACUUGUUCUUGAACAGAUGUCGCUAUAUACAAGUAUGGUGCGAAGGAAAUGUAUCAACGCAUGCCCUCUUUAUGGAGAUGUUUCCACAGGACCUCCUGGACCAGUUGGUGAAAAAGGACAACCUGGGAAAUCUGGUAGGCCAGGAAUCAAUGGAAGGGAUGGAGAACAAGGACCAGAAGGAUUCACUGGAGAACUGGGUGAUCCAGGAUUGCAAGGGUUGAAGGGGGAACAUGGAGUCCUUGGUGACAAAGGCUCUCAAGGUAUUGGACACCCUGGUUUUAUAGGAGCACAGGGCUCAAGAGGUGACCAUGGAAAGCCUGGAUCAAGCAUACCUGGACAAUCAGGGCAACAAGGUCAACGAGGUCACACAGGGCAACAAGGUUUACCAGGAUAUCCAGGACGUUUGGGAACUCCAGGUGUCUGCAGGCCAACAGUAUGCAACUAAAAUGCUGACAACCCUGAGCAACAACACAUUCCACUUCUAAAAAAAUUACACUAUUAUUGAAGAAUAUGUGUAAAUAAUAAUGACUUUUUUGAAGCACCUAUAUGAAUAAAUAUAUUUAAACAGUUUGCAUAAA